AUGCUAUGUAUUCUUUUAUUAUUCAGUCUACUCUGGUGUUCGAUAUUAAAUGUUGGUGUUGUUGCCAAUUCUAAAGACGAUGAUAAUGGUGACCUUGACAACACUACAAAUACCAAUAAAUUCUAUACAUAUUCGUUUAAUAGAUAUGAGUUAGAUCAAUAUAGAUUGGAAACCAAAGAGUUAUUCGAUUUUGCGUUAGAUAAUUAUCUAAAUAUCGGAUACCCUUUUGAUGAAGUGAAACCACUCUCGUGUGUACCAAAAACAAGAAAUUUUACUCAUAAUGAUUUGAUUACGAAUGAUGUUUUAGGUAAUUUCACUUUGACUUUAUUCGAUUCUUUAACAACUUGUGCUGUAAUGAAUGAUAAAAAACGAUUUGUGGAGCUAAUUGCGUUGAUAACUUUGAAUUAUCCUCAAGAUACUAAGUUUAAUCAUUUAAAUUCUACAGUUCAAGUUUUUGAGACAACAAUUCGUAUCAUUGGUGGAUUACUUUCUUCACAUUUAUACGCAACUGACCCCACUAAAAAAGUGUAUCUUGCUGACUCAUAUGAUAACUCAUUGCUGUCACUAGCUCAAGAUAUGGCCGAUAGGUUAUUGCCAGCCUAUCUAACAGAUACAGGGCUACCAGUAGCAAGAAUAAAUUUACAGGAUCCAUCAAAGACAAAUCCAGACCUUUUGCAAGAAAAUAAUAUCGCUGCUAUAAUGAGUCCUAUUUUCGAAUUCACUCUUUUAUCAUACUUGACUUUAGAUCAAAAAUAUGAGAAAGUUACUAGAUACGCCUAUGAUAAGAUUUGGUCCUUAAGAUCUCAACUUGAUCUUUUACCAAUGUCAAUAAAUCCGAAUGAUUUGAAAACCUAUUCAUUCAUUACUGGAAUAGGCGCAUCAAUCGAUUCCUUUUACGAAUAUACCUUAAAAUCUGCAAUUCUUUUUAACGAUUCAUCGUUAUAUAAGAUUUGGUUAAAAUCAUAUAAUGCUCUAAAGAUUUUUUGUAAAAAUGAUUGGUUUUUCGUUAACAUUAAUUAUAUUAACGGGCAAUUGGUAUCAAACUGGAUAGAUUCAUUAAGUGCCUUUUUCCCAGGAUUACAAGUAUUGAAUGGUGAUAUUUCUGAUGCCACUUUCAAAAAUUUAAUUAAUUUAAAAUUUUGGGAUUAUUUUGGUGGUAUUCCUGAACGUUGGAAUUUUCAACGUAUAAUAAAUGAUAAUUCCAAUAAAGGGUCGAAAUUUAAUACAAAUCAAAAUACUAAUACGAAUAAUAAUAACGAUAAACAAACUAAUCCACAAAAUUUUGCUUCAAAUUUAGAUAAAUUACAACAGUUGAAAGAUUCCAUAUCUUUAGAAUGGUAUCCUCUAAGACCAGAAUUUAUUGAAUCCACUUAUUUUUUAUAUAGAGCUACAAAGGAUCCAUUUUAUUUAAAUAUUGGUUAUCAGAUUUUACAACGAUUGAAAACAAUAUUUAAAGGAGAAUGUGGAUUUGCUGGUAUUCAAAAUAUUUUUACAGGCCAAUUACAAGAUAGAAUGGAAACAUUUAUUUUAAGUGAAACUUUAAAAUAUCUUUAUCUAUUAUUUGAUGAACACAAUGAACUUCAUCAACUAAGUGAUAAUAUAAUAUUUAGUACAGAAGCUCACCCAAUGUGGUUAAGCUAUAAACAAAUAAAUAAUUAUAAGAAAAAUUCGUUCUUUAACGAUUCAAAUUUCAUUCAACAUUUAAAUUAUUGUAAAUUAAAAGAUGAAAAAGAUGCUAAAAUUCAAAGGGAUAAAAAAAAUUCUCAAAAUACUCAUAACAAUUUUUUAAAAGGUCUUUUUAAUAGAAAUCAUGACUAUAAGGAAAUUCCAUCACAAAAUGAAAACCAUUUUAAUAAACAACUUAUAGAAUCCCAAUAUUGUUUUGUUUCAGAUAAUAACAAUAAGCCCUUCAUUCAGAAUAAUAAUUACUAUGAGAAGCAAUCUAGAUCAAGUCUACUGCAUUCCAAUCUUUUAAGUACUUUCAAUAGAUUAUUUGAGCCAGAUAUCCGCUAUUCGGACACAUUAAUUAAGCCAGAUUACUUGAAAGAUUAUUCACCUUUUGAACUUGCAGAACCUUUUUAUACGCAAUGGUCCAAUUCAAAUGGUUUCUCUAAAGCAAUGCAAACUACGGAAUCAUACGAAUUAUUAUUUAAUUUCCCUGGAGAGUAUUACAUUCACUCCGUCCACAAUACAAAUCUUAAUAUGACAGAUUUGUAUUGUGGUGAUUUUACUGGCCAUAGAAAAAUUAGAAUCGAGAAAUUAGCACCCGGUAAGAUAUCAAGCUAUGGAGAAAUAUUAGGGGAUGACAUUUUAGAUAACACUAAUUAUGACGAUAUUUCAAACGUCGAGAAGGAUAACUCAUCGAACUUUGAAUCAGGAUCUUUUGUGUUAAGAGCCACAAUAUUGGAUGGCAAUAUCCUAGGCAGUAAUUCAUCCAUAAUUUUGAACAAGGAUGCCAUAAUGAAAUCUGUGACAGCAUAUUCCGAAUCUGCUUCACAAAAGGAUUUCAAUUUCUUUAAGAUAUUUGGCCUGAAUUCUGAUAAUCAACUCACUCUACAAGGCAUUCCUAUUAUCAAUAUAUUCUUGGUAUAA